UAAAAGGGGCUGUGAACCCCUUGCAGCAACCAGGCUGUCACAGAGAGAGGAUGGCCAGCAGGAAGGCGGGGACUCGGGGCAAGGCCGCGGCCACCAAGCAGGCCCAUCGGGGGUCUUCCAACGUCUUUUCCAUGUUUGAGCAAGCCCAGAUCCAGGAGUUCAAGGAGGCCUUCAGCUGCAUUGACCAGAACCGUGACGGCAUCAUCUGCAAGUCUGACCUUCGGGAGACCUACUCCCAGCUCGGGAAGGUGAGCGUCCCGGAAGAAGAGCUGGACGCCAUGCUUCAGGAGGGGAAGGGUCCCAUCAACUUCACUGUCUUCCUCACGCUCUUUGGGGAGAAGCUCAAUGGGACAGACCCCGAGGAAGCCAUCCUGAGCGCCUUCCGCAUGUUUGACCCCAGUGGCAAGGGCGUGGUGAACAAGGAUGAGUUCAAGCAGCUUCUCCUGACCCAGGCAGACAAGUUCUCUCUGGCUGAGGUGGAGCAGAUGUUCGCCCUGACGCCCAUGGACUUGGCGGGGGACAUUGACUACAAGUCUCUGUGCUACAUCAUCACCCACGGGGAUGAGAAAGAGGAGUGACGGGAGCAGC